AGCCCAAUUCUAAUGUGAUUAGAAAACGUCAUCGUUUGGAGGCGGAACUUGGUCUGUUACGGUCAUCUCCGUUUAUUCUUAUCGCAUCUGUGCCCCCCGCUUUCCUCUGAAUCUUUCUCUUCAACUUCUCAAAUCGACUCUCUCUCUCGCAAAAGAAAUUAUGGCAUCCAGUAGGGGUCAUGGUGGAAUUCAGCAGUUGCUGGCUGCAGAGCAAGAAGCUCAGCAUAUCGUCAAUGCUGCCCGAAGUGCUAAAAAUGCUAGACUGAAGCAAGCCAAAGAUGAGGCCGAGAGGGAGAUUGCUGAAUACCGUGCCCAUGUGGAGGCUGAGUUCCAGAAGAAAGUUCAAGCGAGCAGUGGAGAUUCAGGGGCCAAUGUGAAGCGUCUUGAAUAUGAAACUGCAGAAAAGAUCAAUCACCUCUCGACAGAGGGCUCAAGGAUUUCGAAUGAUGUUGUGCAAAUGCUUCUGAAGCAGGUGACGACAGUGAGAAACUAAUGCUAUUGGUGAUACAUUAUAAUUUCAAACUCUUUGCAAGCAUUGUACUGUUGCUGCCUGAUUCAUCCUAUUCCUUAGACUUGCGGUGCUGUGGUUGGUAUCCUCGUAUCGGUUGUGAAGUAAAUUACGGAGCACUUUGCUCAGAAAAUAAGCUGAAUAUAUAUCAUUGUUGGUACUGGUCGUAUCCUUUUUUAAUCAUUGGAAUGAGGUUUUAUUUGGCACAAUCCUUGUAACACUUACUAUUAUUUUCGAGUGGAGUGCAAUUUUAACAGUUGUUAUGAA